CAAGACGCUGGGCCCUGAGCCUAGGGACCUGACAUGACUGGACCAGCUUGCAUAGCUCUCAGCUGGGCCUUCAGUUGACAGGUCACAGUUACAGUAAAGGUGGACAACCUUUAUGUAUCAGUUAGUCCGGACCAUUUACAUUGCACUGGAUGAUCAUAUGAUGGUUUCAAAGGCUCAGAGGCUUCUCUCUCCUUUCUCUCUCUUUGGUGGGGGAAUUAGGGUCAGGCCCAGCAGGUGUAAGACUUGCUGCGGCCAUGCCCCUUAAUCCUCGAUUUGCUGAGCAAGGGCUUCCAUCCCAGUCUUCCCUGAUCCUGUCAGCUCUCAGACUAUGAGUUAGUAUGGCUGAGGAGGAAGGUGAUGUGGACGAGGAGGAUGUGUUCCUGGCAUUUGCCCAGGGUCCCUGUCCUCCAAGGAGUCCCUUCCGUCGGGCCUUGGACAAAGCCUUCCUUGUCUUCCUGUUUCUCAUCCUGACACUACUGACACUGGAGGCUGUUUGUAAGCUGCUGUGGCUGCUACCAUGGACAAAGUUUGGGGACUGGCUCCUGAGAACACCUCAGAAGGAAGAGGAGCUGGAAUUGUGACCACCUUUCCUAUAAAUAUUCUCUUCCCCUGCUACAAAGCUCUCCCAGAGGAAGAGGAAGAGACCAGUGGAGACUCAAGGUAUUUUACAAGUCUCAUUUCAUCCAACAGCGGCAAUUUGCACAGAUUCUCCUCAAAGCCCCCGCCCCACAUCGCGGUCCUAUGGCCCUGGAGCUCCUGGACAAGGCACGGCCUCCAGGUCAUCACUGCUUGCACCUCGGGCACCCCACCAGAAAGGAACGGAGAACCACCUAGGUCUCACCUGCUGGGUUGGUUAUUAGUUCCUUGGAGGCGCUUAAAACGAAAUCAAUGACAAUAGUAAUAAUAAUAAUAACAACAAAUUUGUGUAGCGAAUUGUGCUCGUUUGUAUGCAUGUGUUAUGAUUUCACUA